AUGGAAUUAUGUUUAUCACAAGUUCUAUCCAACUGGGAUGAAGUCGAAGUUCGUACUGUUCCAAAUGUCAUGUAUCAAGUGGUUUGUCCAACGAACAAUACUGGUGAAGACAUUGAAUAUCGCUUUCAUUGGUUUCUUGAUUGUUCUGAGACAUAUAUUCAUAACCACCGGUAUGCCUUUGACACGUACUGUUUACAAGGUGAAUAUGAAGAGCGCUUGUGGGAAAUAAGUGAUGGGCAUUCCGGGACUCUCUCGUAUAAGUUUCCGAGAACUUCGGGAAACAAAUUCGGUACGCACAUUCCAGUACCAGGAGUGCUACGGAGUGUUAAGCAGAACCACCAUUUUCCAGGCAACACAUUACAUGUCGAACCCAAUCAGUAUCAUUCGAUCGUUCCGAUUGGCGGAGCAAAUAGCAACGUAUUAACAUUCGAUGCUAGACGACUUUGCUCAACAGCUACAGAACCGACAUUCGUACUAAGCGCAUCAGAUAGUAUUCAAGCACCGACCGACGAGAUUCGACCAGCAACGGCACAAGAGCGGCAACUGGUUCAUGAGAAGCUUAUAAGUUUGUCAUAG